AUGGCGUGUCAAGACUUUGGAGUCAAUCUUGGUGCUGGAGUUGUGGCAAAUUUGGUGACGACAGUAGCGCGAGAAGCUCGCCAUUGUUAUAAAUUCAACAAGAUUGUUAAAGAUCUGGAAGUUGAACAAAACAAUUUAAGGUCAACAAGAGAAAGCAUGCAAGUCCAAGUUAGAAAAGCCAAAGCAAACACCUAUGAGCCUACAGAGGUCACUCGGGAGAAGUUGAAGAAAGUAGAAGAUCUCUUAGAAGAAGCAAAGAAGUUGAAAGGGAAAGCAGAAGCAAGCAAGAGCUGUUGUAAUGCCGUUUUGCCUAAUUGGAUAUGUCGAUAUAUUGUUGGUAAGAAAGUAGCAGGAGUGACUGAAGAAAUGAAGCAGCUCAAUGAAAACUGGGGACAAAAUCUAUUGUUUGCACAUCGUCAAUCUCUUCAACCCAUGCGUAUGUCAGAAGAUUUCAUUUUUUUUGAAAGCAGAGAAAAAGGUCUCGAGAGACUCUUAAUGGCGUUGAAAGAUGACGAGAAUACAAGGAUUGGGCUUCAUGGAAUGGGUGGUUGUGGUAAGACAUCCUUGUUAAGAGCAGUGCAGGAAUCAGUUAGGGACUUGAAGCUAUUUGAUAAAAUUGCCUUUGUCACAGUGUCUAAACGUCAAAAGACAACUAUUCAACAAGACAUCGCAAGCUGGUUAGAGUUGGAUUUUGGGACGGAGAUAGGUGGUGAAGACACUAGAGCUACUAGACUGUCCAUGGGGUUUGCAGGGGAUAAGAAGUAUCUCAUAAUCUUAGAUGAUGUGUGGGAAGUCCUUCAAUUUGAUAAAAUAGGGAUUCCUCUUGGUAAAAAUUGCAAAGUUCUUUGA